UCUCGAGCAUUUAUUUUUGUCAUAAUGCCCAAGCUAACAGCCUAAAAUGGUGUUUAGUUUACUUCGCAACGGAAGCCUAGGAGUUAGACCUUUGUCUCCGAAGUCCGAACAGCAAAGUUAAUGACCUAAAGUGGAAAGUGGAAAAGUUAAUUCGUGUCAAAUGCAAUCUCCAGCACUAAAAUGGUUAUCCUCAUUCCUCUAUUUGAUAUUAAUCCUUUCAAUUCUCUUCUCUUUCCACAUCAAAAUCGCACUCAAAUUGAUAGUAGGCAACCACAAACCUCACCUCAAGAGAUCCGCAGAUCUCCCUCUCCGCUUCCGCUCGGAUGGCACCUUCAAAAUCCUUCAGUCAGGUGGCUGAUAUGCAUUAUGGGACUGGGUCGGUGACUCGCUGCAGAGACGUGUUGCCUUCUCAGUUUGAUUUCUGCUCCGAUCUCAACACCACUCUCUUUCUUGAGAGGAUGAUUCAAUCCGAGAAACCUGAUUUCAUUGCUUUUACGGGGGAUAACAUAUUUGGGACAAGCACUACCGAUGCUGCAGAAUCCCUGUUUCGUGCCUUUGGUCCUGCCAUUGAAUCUAGACUUCCAUGGGCAGCAAUCUUAGGAAACCAUGACCAUGAAUCUACAAUGACUCGAGAAGAGUUGAUGUCAUUCAUCUCCUUAAUGGAUUAUUCAGUCUCACAAGCCAAUCCAUCAAUUGAGGAUUCCUCUGAUACUGGCAAAGGAAGCAUGAUAACAAACAUUGAUGGAUUCGGAAAUUAUAAUCUCAGAGUUUAUGGAGCGCCAGGUUCCCUUUUGGCAAAUCACAGUCUCCUUAAUCUUUUCUUUCUUGACAGUGGAGCCAGAGAGAUUGUUCAAGGAAGACGAACUUAUGGAUGGAUUAAGGAAUCUCAACUUCAUUGGCUUCGUGGCAUUUCUAGGGGAUAUCAGGGCCAAAAGCAGGAUCUUAAUCAUUUGAAUGAGGCUUCAAUCUUGGCUUUGCCUUUGGCACUGGCUUUUUUUCAUAUCCCAAUCCCAGAAAUUCCACAGCUGUACUAUCAAAAGAUUGUAGGUCAAUUUCAAGAAGCUGUGGCGUGUUCAUUUGUGAAUUCUGGAGUCUUACAGACCUUUGUAUCUAUGGGAGAUGUGAAGGCUGUGUUUUUGGGUCAUGAUCACACCAAUGACUUUUGUGGGAAAUUAGAUGGAAUAUGGUUUUGUUAUGGUGGAGGCUUUGGAUAUCAUGGUUAUGGGAGAGCUGGGUGGCCACGGAGAGCAAGGGUCAUAUUAGCAGAGCUUCGGAAGGGGGAGAAGUCAUGGAUGGGAGUGGAGAGCAUUAGAACCUGGAAGCGUCUUGAUGAUGAGAAGCUGAGCAAGAUUGAUGAACAAGUCUUAUGGGAAUUGGAGUAGUCAGACUUGAUGCAUGAUUUCAGGUAUCAAUGUAUCUUAUGUUGCAGAUGAUUAGUUCUGUAUAUUCUCCGUGAUGGUUAUGUUUUUUAUUAACAUGUUGAUACAUGUCAAUAAGCAUGUUUAUUGUGACUUAGAAUAUAUGUUCUUUUGAUACAUAAAGUCAACCAAUAUUUGAGUCUUAUAAU